AGAGCUCAGUACUAUGAAGUUUGGUAGAAAAAGGGGUUCCGGUCUAGACAGGGUCCAGGGGAAGGCGACCGGGCUCUGGUCGUAUGGGGAGGGCGGAGCGCGUUUAAAGGGGUCAAGCCCCGGGAUCAGGUGGGCAUUUUUAAAGGUACACGUUCCGAAGAGAAGAGCCAUUUAAAGAUGCAAAUGCCUGAGAUAGAGCAAACUUUUAAAGAGAUCGGAUCGGCAAAUAGAAGACAUUUAAAGUGGUAGGUUCGUGGGAGAGCAAACUACUUAGGAAGACUAAAAUUGAGCUUAGAAGACAUUAGAAGGGUGUAGCUCAGUGGUAUUGAUAGCCAUUGUUUUGCAUGUGUGAGGCCUGUGGAUAGAUCCCUAGCACCGCAAACAAGCAAAACAAAAAACACUUAUGAGAGUAAGGGUUUGGGACUUGAGAAAACGUUUAUUAAAGAGACAGUAAUAAAGUAAUCCACUGUCCAGGGUCUGGUCCAGAGAAGACGAAAAUCUGCCUCCAAGGAAGAAUAUGCCCUCCUCCUUUCCUCCAUUGACCUUUCUGGUUUCUCCAGGUCCCCUCGACUCUGUUCUCAGGCUGUGGCUCUCAAUGCCUCUUAGAUCUGGCGGGGCCCCUGUGCUUACGACCCCUGUCUAGGGGUCUGGGUGGCUACCGGAGGGCCUUGCAGAGGGGCAGAGGCAGGACCAUGGCAUCUGGGACCUCGGAACUUCCCCAAGGGCGCAUCGUGACAGCGGGCAUCAUCAUUGUUGGAGAUGAGAUUCUCAAGGGACGCACUCAGGACACCAACACAUACUUCCUGUGUCGGACACUGCGGUCCCUGGGGGUCCAGGUUUGCAGAGUCUCUGUUGUACCUGAUGAGGUAAACACCAUUGCAGCUGAGGUGACCUCUUUCUCCAGCCGGUUCACUCAUGUCCUUACUGCAGGGGGCAUUGGCCCCACUCAUGAUGACGUCACCUUUGAGGCAGUGGCACAGGCCUUUGGGGAGGAGCUCAAGCCACACCCUGAGCUGCAAGCAGCCAUCAGAGCCCUAGGAGGGGAGGGCUGGGAGAAGCUGUCGCUGGUGCCCUCCUCUGCCCGCCUACAUUAUGGUACAGAUCCUCACACUGGCCAUCCCUUCAGAUUCCCACUGGUCUCCGUCCGAAACGUCUACCUCUUCCCAGGCAUUCCGGAGCUGCUGCGUCGGGUGCUGGAGGGGCUGAAGGGCCUAUUCCAGAACACAGCUGUUCAGUUCCAUUCAAGGGAGUUAUAUGUGGCUGCUGCUGAGGCCUCUAUUGCUCCCAUCCUGGCCAAGGCCCAGGCCCACUUUGAGGGGAAGAUUGGCCUGGGUUCCUACCCUGACUGGGGCAGCAACUACUAUCAGGUGAAAGUGACCCUGGACUCUGAGGAAGAAGGGCCCUUGGAGGAAUGCCUGGCUUACCUGACUGCCCAUCUGCCCCAGGGGUCACUAGUCUCCUAUGUGCCCAACGCUGUGGAGCAGGCCAGCGAGGCUGUGUACAAACUGGCCAAAUCAGGGUCUUCUCUGGGAAAAAAGGUAGCAAGCGCCCUCCAGAUCAUUGAGGCUGCCCUGGCCCGGUACCACCUCACCCAGCUCUGCUUGGGCUUCAAUGGGGGCAAGGACUGCACUGCCCUCCUGCACCUCUUCCACGCUGCUGUGCAGAGGAAGUUUCCUGAUGUCCCAAAACCCCUCCAGAUUCUUCAUAUCCGGAGUAUCUCCCCUUUCCCUGAGCUGGAACAGUUUCUACAGGACACCAUCAAAAGGUAUAAUCUGCAGGUGCUGGAGGCCGAGGGGGAUAUGAAGCAGGCCCUAGGCGAGCUGCAGAGACUGCACCCCCAGCUGGAAGCUGUCCUAAUGGGCACUCGCAGGACCGACCCCUACUCCUGUAGUCUCUGCCCUUUCAGUCCCACUGACGCUGGCUGGCCUUCAUUCAUGCGCAUCAACCCACUGCUGGACUGGACCUACAGAAACAUCUGGGACUUUCUGCGUCAGCUCUUUGUCCCUUACUGUAUCCUGUAUGACCAAGGGUACACCUCGCUGGGGAGUCGGGAAAACACAGUGCGAAACCCAGCCCUCCAGUGCCUGAGCCCAGGAGGACGCCCCACCUAUCGCCCAGCGUACCUACUAGAGAACGAAGAUGAGGAGCGCAACUCCCGAAUGUGAUCUCCCUCCUGUGGGCUGCCUUGGGUGCAAACUGUCAAUAAACCAAGGCUUUCUCUGUG